AUGGCCGGCGGCGGCGGCAAGGUGCUCCGCCUGCGGCCGCCGCAGCGGAGCGGGCCUUCCGCCGUCGGAGAACUACCCGCCCUGUUCGCGGAGGCCGUCAGGUUCUCUUCCGAGUUCCAGCGCCCCCCCGCCGGCGUCCUUCACUGCGUCGCCGAUCCUUCCGGCGAGCAUCCGGCGACGCGGGUCGCCCUCAUGAAGGCGUACGGCAGAGCCGGCCAGCCCGAGGAGGCCCUCAGGCUUCUCCGGCAGACGAGGGAGGCCCCUCCUCCCUCUACCUUUCGCCGCCGGCGGUGGGCGGUCCUCUGCUACAACACCGCGCUGAACGCCGUCGUGGAGAAGGGCGGCGGCCCGCUCGAGGUGGCGGCGGUGCUCGACCAGAUGCAGUCGGCGGGCCUCGCCAUGGACGCCUCCACCCACAACAUCCUCCUCAAGGUGUCUCCCUCUUCCCGCAGCUUCGCCCGCAGGGUGUUCGAUUCAAUGUCGAGCUCGGGUUGCCGACCAGACGAGACCACCUACUCGACUCUGAUCGCCCGCCUGUCACGAGCGGGGAGGAUCGAUGAGGCCUACCGCGUCCUGGACCAGAUGCUACGGGUGGGCUGCCACCCCAACGCCUACAGCUACACGCCCAUCUUGCAGGCGCUCUGCGCGAGAGGGAGAAUGGAGGAAGCCAGCGCUCUAAUGAAGGUCAUGGAGGAGAGCGGGUGCCCCCCUAGCACGGUGGCUCACAACAUUCUCAUCGGCGGGUUCUGCCGCCGUCGGGAUUUCUCGGCGGUGGAGAAGAUGCUGGCGGAGUGUGCCGUCGCCGGCUGGCGGCCCAGCGUGGUAAGCUACAACACCUUCAUGGACGGGCUCUGCAAGGCGGGCAGGGCCGAGGAGGCCUUCAAGCAACUGGGAGCUAUGGCGGCGAACGGGCUCUGCCCGUCGGCCGUCACCAUCAACAUCCUGCUCUGCUGCCUCUGCCGCGAUUCCAAUCCCCAUGAGGCGAAGAGGCUGCUGGAGGCGAGCUCUCAGUUGGGAUGGGAGGUCACCGCUGUCAACUACAACACCGUGAUGAGCGCCUUCUGCGAGAUCAGGGAGUGGGCGGCGGUGGCGGAACUGCUGGUGGCGAUGGUGAAGAAGGGCGUCGCUCCUGAUGCUCGGACCUGCAACAUCGUCAUCUACAGCCUCUGCAGGGGCGGGAAGCUCCGAAAGGCGAGGAGGAUCAUGGAGAACGGCGGGUUCACCCCAAACGCGGUGACCUACAAUACCCUAAUCGAUGGGUUUCUCGCCGUCGGAGCUGCGGCCGACGCUGAUGAGCUCCUCCGGCGGAUGCUUGAGGAGAACAUUGAGCACGAUCUGGUCACCUACACCAUACGGAUAGAGCACCUCUGCAGGGAGAGAAGGAGCGCCGACGCUCGCCAUCUCUUCGGGGAUCUCAAGCGGCAUCUCUCGGCUGAUCUCGUGGUGUACUCGGCUCUGAUCGGCGGACUGGUCAGAAACGGGGAUCUCUCGGCGGGGAGGAUGCUGUUGAAGGAGAUGCUGAACCAGGGGUUGAGUCCGGAUGUUCCCACUUUUGACAAGUUGAUUAGGGCGCACUGCAGAAGCGGGCUCUGUCGGACAGGAGACAUCUGCAAUGUUGUGGGCGAAAUGCUUGAGAAGAUCCGCCUUCAGCUUGCUUGA